AUGGAGCUAUGUAAGAGUGAAUCUGAAGAAGAGGAGGAAACUAAUGAUACUCCUACAGAAGAUAAUAAAGAGCCAGGUCCUCAAGUUAGUGCUCAAGGUGACAACGUAGCAAGUGAUGAAAAUAAUGUACCCCAGAAUGCUAAUGAAUCCGAAGAGAAUACUGUAGAAGAACCUGUCAAUAAAACAGAAGAAACUAAUGAAAAUGACUUACCAGAUUUGACAGUAGAAAUUGUUCAAAAAGAGCCAGAUUUGUCAAAUGCUAAUAUUGUUGAUAACGAUUCGUCAAUUACUGAUGUUGGUGAUAAAUAUACGCCAAAAACUGAUGAUGGUAGUAAAAAUAUGUCCAAUAAUGAUAUUUCUGGACAAGAUGAUGAUGUUGAAAUGAAGGAUGACUCCGAAGAAAACAUUGCAGAGUGUGAACCUAAUACCAAACUGGCAACUGCAAUCGAAAGCCAGUUGAUGGAACUACGGUACGAAACAGAAAAAAUGCAAAAUACUGAAGACAUAGAUAAGGCACAAGAUUUGGAAAAUUCUUCUGCAAAUGGAGCUGGAAGUGCUUCCAGUGAUGAUACUAACAGAAAAAAUUAUGUAGAAUCAGAUACAAAUAAUGCUGCGAACGAAAAUGUUAAAGACAAUUCACAUGGUGCUGAGUUUGAUGACGAUUUUGAUGAUGUUGAUAUUGAUAUGGAAGACUUGGAAAAUAUUAUUGAUAAUGCAAAAGAUAAUGCAACUGCAGUAGACUCUCCAAUGCUUAUAAGAGAUCCAUAUAAUUUAAAUAAGAAACCAAAACUCACGGGAGCUCCAGGAAUGGUGAUUGAUUUAGAUGGCAGCAAUCCUGUAGUGCCGAGAAAACUAACUGGUGUAGAACUAUUGAAGGAGAGGUUUUCAUACUUUUCAAAAUUGAAAACACCUGAAGAAAAGGAACGAGAAAGGGAGUUAACGAUCAAACCAGGAAUGCAACAUUUGAAAUUAAAACAAGAAUUAGAAGAAAAAAUAUCUGAACAGAGGUCCCUCGAAUGGGCAAAGAGGUUGGAAGAGGAAAAACAACAGCAUGAAGAAAUGAACGCUCUCAGAGGAGAUGACUCUGAUGGUGAUGAUUUGGAGAAGAUUGAGGCGAAAUUGGAAGAGAAAGAAGAUAUAAUGAAAGAUUCAUCAUCGGGAAGCGAAGAAGAGGAGUUGGAGGAAGACGAUUGUGAUAUGAAAGAUAAACCAAGAAAAAAGAAUGCUUUGAUCGAUGACGAAGCUGAAGUUUCCGAGGACGAGGAAGCAGGAGAACAGGCUAAUGAAGCUGAAGGUAACGUUGUUAAUACAGAGGAUGCAGAUAACGAAGACGAGGAUGAAGAAAGUGAAGAAUCUAGUGACGAAUCUUCCGAUGAAGAAGAAAAUCAAUCAAAGCCCAAAAAGGGAAGAAUUUUGAAAGCGUUUGAAGAUUCUGAUGAUGAAAGCAGUAACGUAAACGAAAAUCCCGUUGGUGCUGUUGAUAGCAUCACAGUUAAUCAUGUUGCUACAGUUAGUCAAAUUGUUAAAGAUUCCCAAGAUGAUGUAAUACCUCUAGCUCAAACAAAUCAGUCGCAUUCAGAAGAUUUAUUUGGUAGUCAGACAAGCAUUAAUCCAAGUAGUACAAGCGAAGACGCGAAGAAAAAUCCUGAUGAAGACUGUGCUGAUAUGACCACUCAAACCUUCUCUAUUUUGAACACUAAUACACAAAAACUAAGUACUACUGAUAAAGUUUUAAGUGUUCCUACUAACAUUGAUGUUAUUUGUGAAACACAACCUGUGGAUGGGCCAAGUUUAGAUGACGUUGUUGGCAUGUGUUCUGGAAAAUUCACUCAGACGCAAAAUGUAAUACCCGCCGAAUCACAACUGACUGAAUCGCAAAGCCCUAUCGGUGAAGACAUCCUUGCACUGUGUACUGGCAAAUUCUAUGACAAUCAAUUUGUAAUAUCUCAAGAAGAUGGACUGGAAAAAGAUACAACAACUAAUACUGAGAAAGAACCUAUUAAAAAACAAGAGGAAAAGGAUCUCCUUGAUUCCAUUCUUCACGAAAUGGAUGAGCCAGUUGAAGAUUCAAAUAGAAAAAAGAUAAUAUUUGAUAAUGCUACUGAAAAUGAAGCAGUAUCCUUUGAUGCUGUAAAUCAUAUGAGAAAGAAGUUCACAAUCGACAGUGAUGAUGAAAGUAAUGUAGAUGCGGAGAAACCAGCUAAGAAGAAGAAAUUAAAGAAAAGGAAACUUGAAAAGCGGGCUCUUCAAAUAUCAGACGACGAAGAUGAAGAGGAACUGUUGCAUUCCGACGAAGGUGAAGAUUACAUGUCGGAAGUUGAAGAAGAUAAUGGCGUGGAGAGAAUAGUUGAAUAUGAUUCCGAAGAGAAUGAGGUAGAAGUGAAGCCUCAAAAACAAAAGAAGAGUCGCAAGAUGGCGGAAUUCUUCGAGAACGAAGCAGAGCUGACGUCUGAAGAUGAAUGGGUGGGGUCAGGGGACGAGGAUGAGAGAGGCCUCGACAGAAUGGAGCGCGAGGAGGGUGAUGAUGACACGUUCCAUCAGGGCCAGUUGCAGAGAGAGCUGGGGCAGAUACACAUGCGUGAUGUAUUGGACCAAGACAAGCGGGAAGUGAGACUGAUUCAGGAGCUGCUGUUCGAAGACGGUGACCUGGGUGAUGGCGGACGACAGAGGAAAUUCCGGUGGAAGAAUCUAGAUGGUGAGGAGGAGCCUGGUGCCGUGCCCGAGUUGUUCGCUGAAAGUCAAGAAGAGGAAUUCGAGUCUGAAGAGCAGUGGAGAAAGCAGCGGCAUGAACGGGAAGUCUUCCUUAGGAACUUGAAAGAGAAAGAAACAGAAGAGCAUAGCAUCAGUAUAGACCGAAGCACCAUAAUCAAGGCGAACCUCUGCUCCCGAACCAUGUCCAGUCUGCUCAUGGAAGCCAACGGGAGCAGUGCGAAGGUGGAAACCGUGGUGGUGGAGAAGAAGGUUGUGAGGGAAGAGCCGUCUCGUAACCUGCCGUUACCCGUGUUCCAGCAAAACUACCACGGUUCACUACUAACGCGAGGCCGGGGCGCGCUAGCGAGGCUAGCGGCGCUGGCGAUGCCUCUAGCCGGCGAGGCCGACGACCAGCCCAAGCCCACCGGCCCUAGUAGUAAGCGGAAUUUCGUGUUCGCUGCCGUCACCCCACCUGUCAAGGAGGCUAAGGCGCCGAAGCGUAAAGCAGACAACGUGAACAUCGGAACGCCGAGGCUGAUCAAGAAAUUCAAGACUGACGAAAAGAAGUUCCCUAAAGCUAGUUUAUUAGAUCACUUGAAAGCACUUUAA